UACACAUUCCCGCUCGGCCUCACCACUUACAACACAACCAUGGACACCUCCACGACCGUUGACAUUCCCUCCGCCUCGGGACGCAACUCCCCCAAACCUCCGCCGGCCAAGAUCUGGAGCGUGAGCGAGCCCCCCUUCGAAGGCUUCAAGCCUAUAGACAAGGAGGGGUUUUCGCGCAGUAACCAGGAGACUGCCAUCGUCAUCGACAAUGGCUCAUCCGCUGUCCGCGCCGGUUGGUCUUUUGAUGCGAAGCCUCGAUUAUCGUUGCCUCCGCUCAUGGCCCGAUACCGCGAUCGCAAGCUUGCAAGAACAUUCACAUUUGUCGGCUCCGACGUGUACAGCGACGGCACAGCACGCGGGCAAGCCAAAAAUGUAUACGAGCCGGGGAGCAACAUAGUCAACAACUGGGAUUGUAUGGAAGGCGUAUUGGACUAUUGUUUCAUCAAGCUGGGUCUAAACAGCCAAAAGGGAAGCAUAGACAGGCCGAUUGUCAUGACGGAACCUGUCGCGAACCUAGGCUAUACACGAAAGACCAUGUCCGAAAUCCUAUUCGAAUGCUACGGCGCACCAUCGGUCGCAUACGGCAUCGACUCACUCUUCUCAUACGCGCACAACGGCGGCAAGCACGGUCUUGUCGUCUCAUCCUCAUACACCUCCACACAUCUGAUACCCGUUGUAGAGUCCAAAGCUCUACUCUCGCAAACCACGCGUCUGAAUUGGGGUCGCUUCCAGUCUGCCGAAUACCUCCUCAAGCUCCUCCGCCUCAAGUACCCCACAUUUCCCGGCAAGGUCAGCGAUCCUCAAGCCGAGGACCUCGUGCGCGAACACUGCUAUGUAAGCCAGAAUUACGAAGGAGAGUUAUCUCGGUAUCUGGAUUGGACAGGCUUAGAGGACCGUGACCACAUUGUACAAUUCCCCUACGUCGAACAAGUGGUGGUACAAAAGACCGAGGAAGAGCUUGCGAUAGCGGCAGAGAAGCGCAAGGAGAGCGGCCGGAGACUUCAGGCGCAAGCUGCCAAGAUGCGGCUCGACAAGUUGAAGAAGAAAGAGGAGGAAUACGAGUACUAUCAACAACUACAGCAACAAUUGCAAGACGUAACGAAGAAGGAGGCGAAACGAAUCCUCGAAUCUAACGACUUCGAUGACGAGAACCAGCUGGAAAAACGGAUACGGGAGCUGGAGAAGGGGAUCAAGAAAGCGCGAAACAAGGACGUCGGGGAUGUGGAAGACGAAGUCCAGGAAGAGCCCACCUUCCCUCUCCUCGACACGCCAGACGAGGAGCUAGACGAGGAGGGCAUCAAGCAAAAGCGCCAGCAGCGUCUCAUGAAAUCCAAUUACGAAGCGCGUCAACGCGCCAAAGCCGAGAAAGAAAAAGAAAAGGCUCGAAUAGCCGAAGAACAGCGUCUCGACGACGAACGUCGAGAACAAGAUCCAGAAGGGUGGGCUACGGAGCGCAAAAUCGCACGACAAGCCAUUAUCCAAAAGAUGAAGGAUCGUGAACGCCUCAAAGCCGAGCUGGGCAACCGUAAAUCCCUCGCCAACCAAAUGCGCAUGAAAUCCAUCGCCAACCUCGCCUCCGACAAUCCAACCAAAAAACGCCGUCGCGGUGGUGGCGACGACGACACUUUUGGCGCCGACGACGCCGACUGGGGCGUCUACCGCACCAUCGCAACAGGCGAACAAUCCGACGACGAAGAAGAAGAAGACCUCACCAAGUCCCUCAAAGAAAUCGAAUCCCAACUCCUCCGGCACGACCCAACCUUCACGGAAGAAUCGACGCGCGAAGCGCAAACCGACUGGACCAAAUCCACGCUCCAUGCCUUCCUCCACGGACCCUACCCCUUCGACCCGGAAUCCCAAAAGGAAUCCAACCAGCUCCACCUCAACGUCGAGCGCAUCCGCGUGCCCGAAGUCGUCUUCCAACCCACCAUCGCCGGCCUCGACCAAGCCGGCAUCGUCGAAAUCGCUUCAAACAUCCUCACCGAGCGUCUCGCGGAGAACCCGCACCGCGACGCUAUCUGCCGCGACAUCUUCCUCACGGGCGGCAACACUUUGUUCCAGGGCUUCGAGGAGCGUCUUGCCGCCGAGCUCCGCGCCGUGCUUCCCGCCGAACAAGUCUUGAAAGUCAGGCGGGCUAAGGACUGCGUGCUCGAUGCUUGGAAGGGCGCUGCUGCUUGGGCUGGCGAUAAGAAGAAUCGGAGCGCGUUUGUCACUAAAGCCGAAUGGAGCGAGAAGGGCGCCGAGUAUAUCAAGGAGCACGAUUUGGGGAAUGCUGCGGCUUUUUAG